GGGCGGGAUGGCUGAGUUUAGAAGGCGUGCGCUCAGCAUCCCAGUCUGUUGAUACCCCGUGCUGUUAUACUAAAACUGUCCAGAAAGAUCUGGCACAAAUAGACAGCGACCACAGAAGUUCGUAGAAGAAACCGAGUGAUUUUAUUCAGAGGCAACGAUCGUGAUGAAAGGCAGUUUUACGAAAACGCCCUAAAUGAAUAUGAAAAAAAAUGGAUAGAAUUCUUGAAGCAGUAAUGGUGUCCUCACAUUCAAAAGCUGUGAAGCAUAACAUGAUUCUGCAGGUGAUAGAAUCGGCACCACAUCCUUUGGCGAGAACUCAGUGCUUGGCCAUGUUUGAAGUCUGCACAAAGCUGUUUUUCUUGGGUGAUUCCAAGUUCAAAAAGGAUGUUGGAAAGGAGGUUCUUGAGGCCUAUGCUCAUCACCAUCCACUAGAGUUUGAAGAGUUUUUCAAUACAAGAUUUGCUCUAGACCUCCUCCAAGAAGGUUACGGACCUAUCAUGAAAAGAAGUGACGAGAUUUUUGAAUACAUCCAAGUGGCAUUGCAGUAUAUGGUGGACAGACCGUCAUCCAUGGAACUUUUCCACACAUUGCAAAUUGAAGUUCUCAGGAUCAUAUGUGAGAGACCAGGGCCCAAAUUAUGUGCUAUGCUUAGCAAAUUACUAAAUCUGUACCCCCAGUGCAUUCCUGGUGGAAAUUUGCAGUCUGUCUUCUGUCAGCAACUCAUACAAAGCAUCAGAAAAUUUCAUUGUGAAGGUGAAGAGAAUGAUGAAAUCCUUGAGUUUGUAGAACAAGUAACCAAAACUAGUGGAAUGUUGCAGUGUGUGUGGAGAAUGAACAUGGCCAUCAUUCUUCCUUCACUAAAGGAACUCUUUAUUGUAAUUUCAUCUCCUGAAGAAGAAAAUAAUGCACCAUCCAAUGCCCUUGCCAGUGUGGUUCAGUAUGUACCCCUUGAGCUCAUGGAUGCAGUUGUCCGUAACAUCACCAAUGACAAAAACGUUUCAGAUGCCCAGAUCCUGACGGCCAUCAGUAGGAUGCUAGACUGGCUGUCAUGGCCUUUGGUAAAAAAUAUUGACAAGUGGAUUAUUUCAUUAAUGAAAGGUGUAGUGGCUGUGAAACGAGUCCACAUUUUAAUGAAGGUGACACUUAAAAAGACUGAACAGGUUUUCUCCAAUUUGUUCUACCCCAUUGUAAGAGAAGGGGCCCUUUCUGUCCUCUCGUACAUAUUGCUUAGCUAUGAGCAAUCUCCAGAAGCAUUUCACAAGUUGCUCCAUCAGAUUCCUCAGCUGAUAUCUUCACUCAGUCAAGAAGACUCGGACUCAGGGAGGGCCUGCCUUGCAGAAAUCAGUGAGCUGAUACAUUGCCUCAUAUUCAGGUUUUCAGGUUUUCCAGACCUGUAUGAACCUGUGCUGGAAGCACUGAAGGAUUUUCCAUCUCCACAUGAAAAUCGAAUUAAGCAACUUCUUAGUCAAAACACAUGGACGUCUGUGCAGACAGAACUACCAGAGCCUGUGUGUUACACCCAGAUUACCACCAGAUCUGACACUGGCAAAACUGGCCUGGUCAACUUGGGCAACACCUGUUAUAUGAAUAGCAUUAUUCAAGCUCUGUAUAUGGCUUCUGAUUUCCGGUAUGCUGUGAUGACCCUGAAGCAGUGCAGUCGUUUCCCAUUGAUGAUGAAACUACAGCAGCUUUUUGGUUUUCUGGAGCACAGUCAGCGGCCAUUUAUUUCUCCAAAUAAAUUUCUGACUGCAUCGUGUCCCCCCUGGUUUAAUGUUGGAUCUCAACAGGAUUGCUCUGAAUACCUUAAAUAUCUUCUGGACAAGCUGCACGAAGAAGAGAAGACCCUUAGACACGCGUCUUUCACACAAAGUGGUGUGCAAAAAAGUGAAAGCAAAACACUGAUAGAGCAAAUGUUUGGUGGAAAAAUGGUAACUAGAAUUCGGUGUCUUUGCUGUCAGAAUGUAUCAUGGAAGGAGGAAGUAUUUACAGAUUUGUCCUUGGCCCUGCCACCACACGAUAUCUCACUUUCAAAGAGUUUUAUUAUUGAUCCUUCUCAGACUGUGGUAGAAAAUACGGAGCCAUUGCAUGUAGCAUCUACCUUGAAACAACAAAGCCAAGUGCCUUCAUCGCCAAGGAGAAUUAGAAAAACUUUAACAGACACUACUUCAAAACAUGAAAGCCCAACUUUUGGAAACAUUGAUGGUGUACAUUUAAAAACAACUGACAAAAGUGCUAAAAUGGAUUCAUCCUCUCCAGGAUCGUCACAAGAGCAGCCAAGCCUUCCACAUUCCUUGAGGUCAAUACCAGAUUUGAUUAAUUUCUUUCUUUCUCCAGAAAUGUUGACUGGAGAAAACCAAUAUCAUUGCCAGAAGUGCUGUGCUUUAACAGAUGCAGAGAAGGUAGUGGAAUUAACUGAGGGUCCUCCUUAUCUCAUACUGACACUUCUUAGAUUUUCAUUUGACCUAGGAACUAUGAGAAGAAGAAAAAUCCUUGAUAAUGUUUCAAUCCCAUUAGUAUUAAAGCUACCAGUCUGGGAUGUGUCAUCACGUGAGCCAGGCACAUUUGGAACAGACAACAAACAUCACAAGGCCAUACCUCCUGCAGAUGGCUGUGCUUAUGUAUCCUUGACCUAUGAUCUUUGUAGUGUUGUUGUCCACUCUGGUAUUUCUUCAGAGAGUGGGCACUACUAUUGCUAUGCAAGAGAAUGCACUGGUGGAGUUGGUGGGCCUGAAGCGAUUCAUAGUGACAGGGAAGAGGUUAAGGCCCCAAGCAGUCAGAAAUCAGCAGAACGCCAGUGGUUCCUUUUCAAUGACACUCGGGUUUCCUACUCCUCCUUUGAAUCUGUUAGCAAUGUAACAACCUAUUUUCCCAAGGAUACGGCUUAUGUCAUGUUUUUUCGUAAGAGAUUAUUGCCAGUGAUUGAAAACGAGAGCUUCUCAACUGCUGAGAAGAUGUAUGGAGAAAUGGCAUUGAACAAAGAACUUAGUGAAAGCAUUUCCAAAGACAACUUAUUAUAUGCACAGGAGCGAGAAAGAGAAGAAAGACGGAGAGCUGCCCUCUCAGCAACCGAGACUGGCCCUCCAGUGUGGCUGAAGCGGCACAAAAGGAGUGGUGCUGACUGUGGGUGCCUGAGCUCUGGGUGCAGAUGGCACUUGAGUCACUUUUUUCUUUAAACUCGCUUCUUAAACAGCAGACUAGCUGAGGGACUCAACACCUCGUGGGUCGGCAUACUGUUUAAUUCUGUUUUAGCACAUUGCCACUCUAGCAGAGACGAGUUGUAUGAUGGUCAGACAUGCAGGUACUAAUAUCACGCUGCUCUGCACAUAUGACAGCACUACUGCUGGUAAUCAUAAAAUAUAAAAGGAUUGUUUGGGGUGGUGGGAAAGCACAAUGCAGUUCAUUUCCAUUUUUUCCCAGUGUAUGGUACAUUGGUCCUAAUGUGUCGAUGGAGUGCUUUAAUGCUGAAAGUAAGUUUACCUAAUGGCUCAAAGGGGCGUUCAAAUGAGAAACAAAGUAUGGAGAGCACUUUUCUGAAUUGUAAAAGUAAACGCAAAAGCAGUAAACAGGAAGAAAGUCGCUCCUUAAACACAUUAAUCGAUACGUAGAAUAUGUAGACAGGCUUUUGUUUUACUAGAAUGUGUGAUGUUUAAAUAAGCACAUAAUUACUUGCCUGCAUUUUAAUUUAGACAAUCUUAGAAUAAAUUGUGAACCACCACGUGGGGCGUCGGACAGAAUUGGCAAAAGAGGUACAUGUGCUAAAAUGGAAGCUUUAGUAAAAAUGUCCUACUCCAUUACAAAACUCCUGUGGUACCUGGGUGCAAAAUAAUAACUGUAAUAAUAAACUAUAGUGCCUUUUCAGCAAACGUCUCUCUAGGGGAUCUGCUGCAGUCAACUUGCUGCACACAUGUAUUAUUCUUGUAACAUGGCUUAUGCGGCACCUUAAUAAAAUGUAAUGAUGGUUAAGAGCUUGUGGUAGACAAACUGGAGGUAUGCCACUCAUUUCCUCUCCAUUUUAAACAAGAUGGUGUGAUAGAACUUGAUUUAUACUGUAACAGAAUGAAGUAUAAUAAAUGGUUUGAGAUUUC